AUGGCGGACACGAUGGACACCACAACCCAACUACAACCCUUCACAUUCGACCUGGGACACCUCCUCUGCACCGACACCAACCCUGUGCCCACCACAACGGAUACCGACCGCGAAGCCAUCCUCGCCGCCCGCGCUCAAGCCUGCGCUCAAGGCCUCAUCAACCAGCUACUAACCGCCUGUCCGAUUCACCGCUCGCAGGAGUCAGGUGAUCUGCAGAUCAAGCUACCGAAUCCGACCACGCAAUUACCGCGGGAGAAGCCAGUGCCGAAGGAGAAGGAGAAGACGAAGUGGGAGCGCUUUGCGGAGAAGAAAGGUAUUAAGGCGAAGAAGAAGGAUGGCAAGUUGGCGUACGAUGAGGCGAGGGGCGAGUGGGUGCCGAAGUAUGGGUACAAGGGGAAGGAUGCGGGUAAGGGAGAUGACUGGCUGGUAGAGGUUGACGAGAAGGCGGAGAGGGAGGCGAGGGAGGGUGGUGGGAAGGUCAAGAAGGUCAAGAAGAACAGAUGA